AUGACUCAUCAUCAAUACUACACGCGCUCCAACAAAUCAAAGAUAAUGGUCGAAUACGGAGCUGACAAUGCUGCUGCCCGUGAGUCCCUCGCCCAAGUUCAAGGCAAAAUGAACCUCUUCAGGGGCAACAUAGAGACCAUCCUGGAAAUUCUCCAAACUCAGAGGGCCCCUGCCUCUAUUGCUACCAAUGUCACCCAUGUUGCUGGGGUGACCAAUCCUACUACUGCUUCUGGCACUACCUUUGAAACUUCGGCGGAGACUGUGGUGCCAACCACUAGGAACCGUCAGGUGGUCCCUGCUGACUCCAUUAGGCUUGUUGCUGCCUACCUGCGGGGAAUGCCCCCACACUUUGCUGCUCAUCUCGCCAAUGGGGGGGGGGGGGCUAUCGUACCAAGAGAACUCCCAACAACCUCUCCUCCCUUUAAUCACAGUCACAAUCCUAAUGCCACACACGCUUUCCACGCAGGGUAUAUAGGACACUCCACCGAGGACUGUUGGGCUCUCAAAAAGAGGAUCCAAGAGUUAAUUGAUCAAGAGAUCCUGUCUUUCUCUGAGGAAAAUACCAACGUGAAGGCUAAUCCCUUGCCAAACCACGGUGGUGCAGCAGUCAAUGCUGUGAUUGAAGAAGAAAAUGUUGAAUCUAUACUAAGGGCUGAAGAGGUGAAAACUACGAUGUCCGUUGUGUUACAGAGGCUUGAACAGUUUGGGUUUUUAGAAGGUGUACAUGAUGAUUGCGCAGUAUGCGAGUUUGAUCCGGACAAUUGCGACAAGCUGAGGGAUUGUGUGCAAGAACUGAUGGAUCAAGGUUUAAUACAGUUCUCCAAGUCUAAAGCAGCAAAAGAGGUGGUUGUAAUUGAACCAAUAAUGAUUGUGUAUAGAAAGAAGAAGAAUACCAAGGCAGUGCCUUGGAAUUAUGAGACUACAACGUAUUUGGGAGGAAAAGAAAUCCACAUUCCUGACAAAGAAAUCGUCAACAUUGCUGGAACGGGAGGCAUGACUCGGAGUGGCCUUGAUUUCGCUCCAAAAUACACUCCUAGGGUGUCUCCAGCACCCACAGUUAUCCUGCCUAAGGAGAAGGUCAUUCCUACUCCGACUCCACAGGCAGGGGCAAUCGUACCUGCCACUCCGAGCGUGACGACUGCUCCAGUAUCGACUAAGGUUAUUGACAAUAAAGCUGCAGAAUCUGAAACGUCUAAGGGUAAAGGGCCGAUAGUUGAGAAAGAACAAGCUCGUCGCAAGGCAUUGUUGAAAGUUCUAAAUGCCGCUCAUGUGAUGCAAGAUAUCACGGUCGAUCAAUUUGAUGAAGUGGUCGUUAAUAUCACUGCCAGUAGGUAUCUGGGAUUUAAUGAAGCAAAGCUACCUCCCGAGGGAAAUGCCCACAACAAAGCACUACAAAUUUCGGUCACAUACACUGACUCUCUCCUAUCUCGAGUCCUUGUUGACACUGGUUCUUCGCUUAAUGUAUUGCCAAAAUCUACAUUAAGCGAAUUACAGUUUAAGGGGGCCGAGAUGAGGACCAACACACUGAUCGUCCGAGCUUUCAAUGGUUCUCGAAGGCAGGUUAUUGGAGAAGUCGAUUUGCCUAUCUGCGUUGGACCCCACCAGUUCAGCAUCACCUUCCAAAUCAUGGAUAUCAACCCAGCUUAUGGUUGUUUGUUCUACAGACCAUGGAUUCAUGCCGCUGGGGAAGUCACUUCUAUGUUGCAGCAGAGGCUAAAGUACUUGAUUGAUGACAAACUGGUAAUUGUGUGUGGUGAAGAAGAUCUGUUGGUCAGUGAACUUUCCUCUUUCAGAUAUGUUAAAACAGAUGAGGGGAUCGUUGAGGUUCCGCUUCACUGUUUAGAGUUUAAAGAAGUCAGUUCUGCUACUGCCAAUCACAACCAAUCUUCCGCUACCAUCCUAUCCAUAGUGACAAGUGCCAAGCAUACAUUGGAGAAAGGCCCACUUCCCAAUUGGGGUAAGGUCGUCAAUGUGGCAAAGAAGCGUGAUAAGUUUGGUAUCAGUUAUCACCCAGCAGCACGCAAGGCAAGCCCGAAGAAAAAGAAAUUCAACCUGGUCAAAAUGAGCAUACUGUAG